CGACGCUCUAUUCUACUCCCUCAUUUCUUCAGGAGCAGCAGGUCCAAACAUGGGGGAUGCUUUCUAUUUUUUAUCUCCAUCUGGUGGUGCUGACCCAGGAGCAUCUGAUGAAUCCCCCCAGUGUCAGAUGCAGAAUGUCCUACAGAAUCUGAAUGCCUCUAAACUGAUCUCAGAUGAGUGUCUCCGCUCUGCUCUUCAACUGGUGGAGGGCGCCUCUAAAAACCCAGAAUGUUUCGAUCUUCUGAUCACAUUCAUCGACGAUUUACAGAAAUGUCUGAAGAACCUGAACCUGAAACCAGAGUCAGAUGAAGAAACCAGAGGAAGCUGGUGGAGUAAUUUGGGGCGUUCGUCCAAAACCAAGGUUUUUGUUGAUGUCAGUGGUGAAACCUUCGGCGCUCAUAAAUACAUCAAAAAUAAGCUGAAGUCGAAGGUGGACUUGGUUCCAAACCCUCAGGACUGUGAUGUCAUCGUCCUCUUCUGUCCCGUCUCAUCUCGUGUUGGAUCUGACGUGGAGGCGGCACUGAAGAAGAUCCCAGACUCGGGGAGGAGGAAGCCUGUGAUUUUAGUUCUGAUGCAUCAUACCAGAAACAUCUACUACUCAGGGGACGAAUCCGAUUGGUCUGAUGAACACGGCGCCGUGGUGUCACAUGUCCACGUCCUGUUCCAUGAAACUCAGAAGGGCCUCCUGACGUGUCCCAAGAAUGACCAGGCCGUUCAAAGCCUGUUGGAUCAGUGCAUCAAACACGCAAAGUGAUGUGGACACCAGAACCAGACUGAGAACAAAAAGACUGAAUCAGACACAACAUCAUAAAAAGAACUCAACAGGUCCAUUUACUGAAUUAAAAGAACUUAAAUUAAAACACAUUAAACUAAUAAAAUCUGAACAUUUCCAGGAGAAAACAAUGAGUUGAUUUUAUUCUGAGUUGAGUCAUUUUUAUCUUUUAAUAUUUGACAAUUUUUUUUUUUCCAUUCAAGAAAAUUUAUUUUAAUGUAUUACUAUAUAUAACAUUUAUGUAAAUCUGUGUCACAGUAGAAGUAAUAAUAAAAAUAAAAUGACAGUAAUGAAUAGGUUUAAAUUUACUGGACAACUGGCUUCAACUUGAUUCACUGGGGCUGGAGGACUGGUUGAAAAUUGUUGGUGAAAUUCACAACAUGGAGAGAUAAACAUUUAUGCUGAGGCUGCAAGCAGAACUUUACAUAAUAAGAUGGAGCAAAUGGAUAAGUUUCUGUAAAUACAAUUUAUGGGUGGUUUGUCUCAAAGUCCUGUGAAAUGUUAUAUAAACUGCUGCUCUAAAAAUUAAAUUAAUUGGUUAACUUGAUUACAAUUUCAUAACUGUAACCUAAAUUGUCAUUACUAUUAGAUUGUGACUGUUAUCUGUUGCUGAUUGUUGUUUGUUGUGUUCUGUAUGACGAAAUGAUAAAUAAUAAAAACUAAGUGUAAAAAAUUUUUACUGGACAAUUAUUUUAAUGAACUAAAGAUAUUUAAUCAAAUUGAAGAAAUUAUACUUGGAGCUGCAUUUGACAUCAAAUAUAAACUAGUUUACUGAAAUAUGUUAUAAUAUUAUAUACUAAUAUUUAAAUCAUUUGAAUUGACUUUUCUUGAUUAAUUUUAGAUUUAAAAUCUGUAAUGUUAUUCUAAUGUUUACAAACACGUUUACUAACAUUAUUAUAAAAUAUUUACUAUGUUUAAUGUUUCCACUAUUUAAGCAGCAUUACUUUAAUUACAUUUAAUUAACUUUCACUGACUUUAAUUGAAACAUCCUAUUAACAGAUGUGGUUCUGAACCUGUUUUGGUCCAGUCACUGAUGUUCUGAACAUGAAGGAAGUGAGGACUGAAGUCUGACAAACACCAGUUGGUGGGUUUCCACUUCCCUUUGGCCCCUCUGGCCACGCCCACUAAGAAGCAGAAAGUGAACGGUGUGAUGCCAUUGGCUCUUACACUGAUGUCACAUCUCUGACCUUUAAGUCAAUGAAAACGCAUUUACUGAUACAAUUUCACUCCAUCUGGAUUUGAUCUAAACUGAUAAGUGUGAAACGUUACAACAGAAGUUAAAUUAUAACAUUUAUCGGAAACUCUGUAAUAAUAAAGGUAAAUAAAGUCACUGCAGCAUCAAACCGAGUGCUAUCCUGAAGCUGAUGUUAUAUGAUCAAAACCACGCCCACAUUCACCAUCUGAUUGGUUGUCAUCAGUUGCUAUAUUUGUCACAUGACCCUGAAAUUACCCCGACGACCAUUUACUGUUGAAGUAAUCAUUACCUGUUGAGUUACAGAGAGA